ACUAAAGCAAUCGGUGGUCAGAUAUGGGACACAACAACAUCUGGUACUCUCAUCCCCGUAAAUACGGCGCCGGAUCUCGAUAUUGGUAUCCGGGUGUGCAGCAAUCACCAUGGUCUGAUCCGCAAGUACGGCCUCAACAUCUGUAGGCGUUGUUUCCGCCAAUACGCCGAUCAGAUAGGCUUCAAGAAACUCGACUAAACAUCCAUUUGUUAUGUAUUUAAAGUAAAUGUCAUUCAAAUAAAUAGCGAUUUUUGAUUGAAUUAUAAACUAA